UGAAUUUCGCAGGAAUCUGAUGGGCGGAGGAAGCCAUCACGCGAGACCCGUCCAACUCCACUCCACCCGCGGCCCGCAGCUGUGACGGAGACUCCAAGGCCAUCACCAUCCACCCGCUCUCCUCCCCCUUCUCCGCUUGAUCCGCCGCCCUCCUCCUCCUCCUCCUCGAUCUCCACACUGCACUCCUCCCACUGCAUCCCCCGCGGCCGCUGCUCCCGCCGGAGAUGGCCUCCGCUCCCUUCGCCGUCUCCUCCUCGCCGGCGGCUUCCGCCCUGGCCGCGCGCUCCAAGUUGUUGGGAGGAGGAGGAGGGAAGAGCGAGGCGAGGACUGGCUGCCGCAUGGGGAUCACGAGGAAGAACUUUGGACGUGUCAUGAUGGCCCUUGCAGUCGACGUCUCUCGUUUUGAAAUAGUGCCGAUGGCCCCUCCAGACCCGAUUCUCGGGGUUUCAGAAGCAUUCAAAGCAGAUACAAGUGAUCUGAAGCUCAACCUUGGUGUUGGUGCUUAUAGAACAGAAGAGCUACAGCCCUAUGUCCUCAACGUGGUCAAGAAGGCUGAAACUCUUAUGUUGGAGAAAGGAGAAAACAAGGAGUAUCUGCCAAUCGAAGGCUUAGCUGCAUUUAACAAAGCAACUGCAGAACUAUUGUUUGGUGCUGAUAAUCCAGUACUUAAGCAAGGACGGGUUGCUACUCUACAAUCUCUCUCCGGGACUGGGUCACUGCGCCUUGCUGCAGCAUUUAUACAAAGAUAUUUCCCUGAAGCAAAAGUACUGAUAUCAUCUCCCACUUGGGGCAAUCAUAAGAACAUUUUUAAUGAUGCAAGGGUACCUUGGUCAGAGUACCGUUAUUAUGAUCCCAAGACUGUUGGAUUGGAUUUUGAGGGAAUGAUAGCUGACAUACAGGCUGCCCCAGAUGGAUCUUUUGUUCUGCUGCAUGGCUGCGCUCACAACCCAACUGGAAUAGACCCAACUCCGGAACAAUGGGAGAAAAUUGCAGAUGUCAUUCAGGAGAAAAAACACAUGCCUUUCUUUGAUGUUGCAUAUCAGGGUUUUGCCAGUGGAAGCCUUGAUGAAGAUGCAUCAUCUGUCAGGCUUUUUGUUAAACGGGGUCUGGAAGUGUUCGUUGCACAGUCUUAUAGUAAAAACCUUGGUCUAUAUUCAGAAAGAAUUGGAGCAAUAAAUGUUGUCUGCUCAACACCUGAAGUUGCAGACAGGGUGAAGAGCCAGCUGAAACGAUUGGCGCGGCCCAUGUACUCAAAUCCCCCUAUUCAUGGUGCUAGGAUAGUUGCCAACGUUGUUGGGGAUCCAACCAUGUUUGGUGAAUGGAAGCAGGAGAUGGAAGAGAUGGCUGGGCGUAUCAAGAAUGUAAGACAGAAGCUCUAUGAUAGCUUGUCUGCAAAGGACAACAGCGGCAAGGACUGGUCCUUCAUUCUGAGGCAGAUAGGCAUGUUCUCCUACACGGGCUUGAACAAAACUCAGAGUGACAAUAUGACAGAUAAAUGGCACAUAUACAUGACGAAGGAUGGGAGAAUUUCUUUGGCUGGAUUGUCCCUGGCUAAAUGCGAGUACCUGGCCGACGCCAUCAUCGAUUCCUUCCAUAAUGUCAGUUAGACGAGGACUCAGGUCACUGCUAUUGUGGUUGAUCCUUAAAAAUGCUGGGAUUUUUUGUGUCCUUCCAGCUUGAGUUCUCAGCCAGGAUUGUAUGUCCGGCAGUACGUAAUUUGGACAGUUAUUUUCGCAGUACUACGAACUCGCAUAUAUUUUCCUUAAUCUACACUAGCUCAUAUAUUAGAAUCUUGUAAUACCAAAUUGAAUAAUAAGACCAACAAUAAGCCACACUAAAUCCA